GUUUGAGGUCUUGUGCGGCCUGGUGCGCGGUCUGUGGUAAUUGCCUGCGUUGCCUGGAGGACUCGUCGCUCGCCUCGUGCCUCUGCCAUCUUGCCUGUGGCGCCGGGGCCAGGGUGACCGUCUUCCCUGAACCUGGGCUGCCGAGCCUCGCGGCAUGAGCGCCCCCGAUGAGGUGUCCAGCUGUGGAGCGGGUUUCGGGGAGGAGGGCGGGGAGCAGACCGGCGUCCGCCCUGCCAGCCCCGGAGCCCCGCGGGGCCCACAGGGACUAGGUGUGGAUCUGGCGCCACCCAGCGGUGAGGACGAGGGCGGGGUCCCAGACCCCGAGGGCUUCGAGUCCGAGCAGGAAGUGACGGAAACGGGAGGGCCAGUGUUCUGGGACCUAGAAGGCCGCCCCGGCUCCCCGACCGACCACACGGGGGACGCCCUGGACUGCGCGUCCCACCUUGCGGACGAGGCCGUGGCAGCCAUCGUGCAGCAGCUGACCAACCAGGAUGGCCUGGGCGUGCGGAGAAACCCGUACCCAGACGGCUGCGUCGUGGAGGCGGGCCUGGAGGCAGGGCCCCAAGGGAGAGGCGCGCUUGCCCUUAGCCGCAGAGAGUCGCAGCCGCCUGCCGCCGCCCUUCUCCGUCUCGGUGGGCCUGAGGGAAGCCCGGCCUGGGCGAACCCGAAAAGAAGCACGAAGAGCAGGUCGAACAUCGCCGUGGUGGAUCGCCAGCGGCCCUCCGCCGAAAGCCCGCCGAAAGCGAGCCUUUCCGACAGCGAGCCAGCAGAUGAGUUUAGUGAGAUACAGCUGAUGAGGGUGAGCAUUUACGCCAAAGGAGGAGGCCAACUCAAGCCCAACAGCCCCGAGGAUCCCUGGGACACACCCAGACACUCGAAAUUCCAUGUCAGGGAGAAUUUCCUCCACAUGCUUGGCUCUUUCCCGUCCUCCGCUCCCCGAGGAGUCACUUCGGUUGUGGAGAGUCAGGCCGUUGGAGAGCUGGACAUCUCCUCCUCUAGGAAAAUGCAGAGCGUGGUCAGGGGGAAGGGGGGGAACAGGCCCAGCUACCCAAGAUCUGCUGCUGCUGGCGGCCUGCGGGCCACCCCUAAGAAAAAGGUGGCCCAGGAGAAGAAAUCCCCACGGGGGACCUCAAAUGUUGCCCUGGGGAGAAUGUUCCCUUCCUGGGGGCAGAGAGUCUCCGUGGCACCCCUGGAACCAGCCGCCUUCCCCCCAGUAACUGGUGUUCCGCUGCUUGGGAGGUCCAAGAGGUAUUCCUUGGUCCCUCCGGGAACCAAACAGUCCAAGCACACCCCUGCCGGGAAGAAAUCUGUCGCCAGGAGGACUCAGAAGGCGGAGCCGAUGGUGGCCAGAGAAGACAAUGACUCAAACAGAGACGCUGUCCCAAAGGGGCUGCCAUUGGGCGCCCCCCCCCCCCAGGUCACCGGGAUGCUGGACCCGGUCAUUUGCACAAGGGCAGACAUGAAGGUAGCGCUCCAUGUGUGCUGGGCACCAUUCUGGACCUGGCAGCUUUCAGCACACAGGCCAGAGCCGUCUUGUCCGUUCAUGCAUCAUGAGGCAAGCAGUCAUGGUGACCUCAACCCCAGAGCCCCCCAGUUUCAGGAAAGCUCACAGCCCUUGGCUCCGAGCCAGGGAGACGUCAUGCCCAGAGAGCCCACACCCUCGGAUGACCAGGAAGCGCUUGUCCACCCCCCAAGACCGGAAAGGCAUUAGCAACCACCUGGAGCACAGGGCUGUCCUCGGUGUCUCCUGCUGCAGAGAGAAGUUGACAACCUGAAAGAGCAGCUUGCGACCCUGCAGUCCCUGACUGACCAGUUCCAGACCCUUUGAAGUGAGUGUUACACACACCAUACCCCUUCCCACGGUCGUGGCUGCUGAGGAGGGCCGUGGGCUGGCCCUGGCCUGAUGCUCUUCUUCCCUGACUCUGCCCUGUUGGACAGGCUGAGUCAGCAUCUCUGUACAAGAGGGGCGGCUGGUACCUUUGGAGCCAGGAAGCUGUGCCUAAGCUGCUUCCCUCCCGUUCGACGUUCGACCUUGGCCUGGGCUUCCUCUCCCUGUUUUUUGCCACCUCCCCACCCAAGUUCACAGCACCUUCAAAUUAAAGUACCUCUCAUGUU